AUGCAUUCACUGGAUCCUAGAAACUGUGAAGGACAGACAGUCGUAGUGAUAGGAAGGCUUGAGAGGGUUGAGGAUGGCAUUGUUGUUCUGAAAUGUAUGGAGAGAGAGAUUCAGGUUAAGCACCAGGAUGUUGGACUUUACAAGUCUGGCCUGGUCCGGGUUAGCGGCGUUGUGGAAGAUGGGGUACUUGUUGAAAACAGUGUCCAUCCCGUUGGAAAUGGGUUUGACAUGGAGACAUAUUGCCGGUUUGUAGAUGUUGCAGCAAAAUACCCAGACCUAUUCUGA